CGGGGUGUUUGCAUACAAAGGCAGCCACGCGCACGCGCUUCCCGGGGAGUAGCUGCCUCCCAGCCGCCGUGGAUCCCGGGGCGAGCAGGCAGAGCCUGGCCGUGGUCGAGGGAGACUGCGACCUCGGCGGAGCCGGGACGGCCCGGGACUGGCUGGCGCGCGGGGAGGCCGGAGAGGGCCGAGGCACCGGGGCUGACCUGACGUCCGGGGAUCGGGCUCUGUCCCCGCAGCCCUUUGGGGGCUCAGACCAUGAACUACGUCGGGCAGCUGGCGGGCCAGGUGUUCGUCACCGUGAAGGAGCUCUACAAGGGCCUGAACCCCGCCACCUUGUCCGGAUGCAUCGACAUCAUCGUCGUCCGCCAGCCCAACGGGAGCCUGCAGUGCUCGCCCUUCCAUGUCCGCUUCGGGAAGAUGGGCGUCCUGCGCUCGCGGGAGAAAGUGGUCGACAUAGAAAUCAACGGGGAGUCCGUGGAUUUGCACAUGAAACUGGGAGAUAACGGAGAAGCAUUUUUUGUUCAAGAGGCUGAUAAUGAUCAGGAGGUGAUCCCCAUGCACCUGGCCACCUCCCCUAUCCUGUCGGAAGGAGCCUCGCGGAUGGAGUGCCAGCUGCGGAGGAACUCGGUGGACCGGGCGCGGGGCCUGGACGCCGGCGGGCCGGCCCCAGUUCUGGCUCCCAGCGAGGCCCCUUCUGGCGGCUCUUCGGUGAAGAAGAGAAGGAAGAGGAGGAGGAAGUCCCAGCUGGACAGCCUGAAGAGGGACGACAACACCAACACGUCGGAAGACGAAGACAUGUUUCCCAUCGAGAUGAGCUCUGACGAGGAGCUGGACCCGCCGGACAGCAGCAGAACUCUCUGUAACGACACGCCGCCAUUCCAAGAAGACGUCCCCAAGGAGAACCUUCCCUCGGCCCUGACUUACCCCCAGUCGGCGUCGUACCCCAAUUCUGAUCGGGAGUGGUCCCCCAGCACCAGGAGCCUGCUGGACGGCCAGCGGAGCCCCCCUCACCUGGCGGACGUGGCCGAGGGAGGGCUGUCUAGUUCUUGCCCUCCGCAGCCGUGCCUCCUCCUCGCCUCGGACAGCCCCUCAGGGUCCCGGCCUUCCACGCCCAAAAGCGACUCGGAGCUGGUCAGUAAGUCCGCGGCGGACAGGACGAUGCAGAAGAGCAACCUGGAGAUGCUCUGGCUCUGGGGGGAGCUGCCGCAAGCCGCGAAAACUUCGCCACACAAGACGAAAGAUUCCAGCCCGCUGAGCAGCAGGAAGAUCUGUGAGAAAAUACACUUUCAGGUCAUUCACAGUGAAUCUUCCGAUGCGUUUAGCGACCAGUCGCCGUCCUCGUCGGCUGGGGCGCCUCCCGUGCAGCCCCUUUCCGAGCAGAGCAAGUCUCAGACGGAGAUGCAGUUUGUGAACGAGGAAGACGCCGAGGCCUUGGGAGCCGCGGCCCCGCCGCCGCCCGCCGCGGAGGACGCCAGAGCCCUGGCCGCCGUGGCGAGCAAGACCGAGUCGCCUUCCAGGAGAAAAGACAAACGAAGCAGACACCUGGGUGCCGACGGCGUCUACCUGGAUGACCUCACGGAGAUGGACCCCGAGGUGGCUGCCCUGUAUUUCCCCAAAAAUGGAGAUCCUGCCGGGCUCCCCAAGCAUGCCGACAACGGGGCCCGGUCAGCCAACCAGUCCCCGCAGUCCGUGGGCAGCUCCGGCGUGGACAGUGGCGUGGAGAGCACCUCCGACGGCCUGCGGGACCUGCCGUCCAUCGCCAUCUCCCUCUGCGGUGGCCUCAGUGACAACAGGGAGAUAACCACAGAAGCCUUUUUGGAACAAGCCGUGUCGUAUCAGCAGUUUUCGGACAACCCUGCGCUCAUCGACGACCCCAACCUCGUGGUGAAGAUCGGGAAUAAGUACUAUAACUGGACCACGGCGGCCCCGCUGCUCCUGGCCAUGCAAGCUUUCCAGAAGCCCCUGCCAAAGGCCACUGUGGAGUCCAUCAUGAGGGAUAAGAUGCCCCGAAAGGGAGGAAGAUGGUGGUUUUCGUGGAGGGGAAGAAACACCACAAUCAAGGAGGAAAGUAAGCCGGAGCAGAGCUUGGCUGGCAAGAGCCACAGCACUGGGGAGCAGCCAUCGCAGCUCGGCAUGUCCACCAGAAUGAAGCACGAGUCGUCCUCCAGUGACGAGGAGCGGGCAGCCACCAGGCCCUCCAGCGCCAGCCACCUCCCGCUGCUGUCCAGCGUCGGCUACAAGAAGACCCUCCGGCUCACCUCGGAGCAGCUGAAAAGCCUGAAGCUGAAGAACGGCCCCAACGACGUGGUGUUCAGCGUCACCACGCAGUACCAGGGCACCUGCCGCUGCGAGGGUACCAUCUACCUGUGGAACUGGGACGACAAAGUCAUCAUCUCUGACAUCGACGGGACAAUCACCAGGUCAGAUACUCUCGGCCACAUUCUGCCCACCCUCGGGAAGGACUGGACCCACCAGGGCAUCGCCAAGCUGUACCACAAAGUGAGCCAGAACGGGUACAAGUUCCUCUACUGCUCUGCGCGGGCCAUCGGGAUGGCGGACAUGACGAGGGGCUACCUGCACUGGGUCAACGAGAGGGGCACGGUGCUGCCGCAGGGGCCCCUGCUGCUGAGCCCCAGCAGCCUCUUCUCCGCCUUGCACAGGGAAGUGAUAGAAAAGAAGCCAGAAAAGUUUAAAGUCCAGUGUUUGACGGACAUCAAAAACCUGUUUUUCCCAAACACAGAACCCUUUUAUGCGGCCUUUGGAAACCGACCUGCUGACGUGUAUUCGUACAAGCAAGUGGGCGUGUCCCUGAACAGGAUAUUCACCGUGAACCCCAAAGGGGAGCUGGUGCAGGAGCACGCCAAGACCAACAUCUCCUCGUACGUGCGACUCUGUGAGGUGGUCGACCACGUGUUCCCACUGCUCAAGAGGAGCCACUCGUCUGACUUCCCCUGCUCGGACACGUUCAGCGACUUCACCUUCUGGAGAGAGCCGCCGCCCCCGUUUGAGGACCAGGACGUCCGCUCCGCCUCGGCGUGAACUCUCCGAGCGCGAGCGCCCACGUUGCGUGGAGCCGGGCCACGCCCCCUCGAAGGGCGGGCUCUGGGAGCCGAGGAGCGGAGCUGGGGACCCUGGCGUGCAGUCACUUGCUGGAGAGCAGAGAGAGUCCAGACGCACGCUCCCGGCCCCGCGGCCCCGAGGGCUGACAUUUCUAAGUCAACUGCUACGAAGGGUGCGCUUCACGGGCGACACGACUGGGCGCCUGUGCAGUGGGAGGCGCUCCCCGGCUGCCGCUGAGAGCCGGCGCCGGCACCGCCCUCCCGGCCUGCAGCGCGUCCUCGGUUGGUGGUCGGUGUGCGGCGUGCACCCGUGACCCCGAGCAGAGGUGGCUGUCGGGCCCUGCUGGGGGCAGUGUAACUGAGGAACGCCCAAUGCGCACGACUGGAGUGCGGGCCACACUCCCUGGGGGCAGCUCGUACCCCUCUUCUGCACUGGGC